AUGGUUUUUACUUCCAUACCAGCUUCUUAUUUUGAUGCAGCCAACUGGCAGCAACAGCAACCAAAUAACCAGCCCGAAGGCAGCGGUUCCAGCUCUCAGCAGCUGCUUCCACUUCCGCCACCGCCACCGCCACCCCCACCCCCUCCGACUGCAAUGCGGUCUCACGAAGAGAGUUCAAUCAGGCCAGGAUCCAUGGUUGAUAGAGCAAGGAUGGCUAACAUGUCAAUGCCAGAGGUCGCACUCAAGUGUCCACGCUGCGAAUCCACCAACACCAAAUUUUGCUACUUCAACAACUACAGUCUCUCUCAGCCUCGCCACUUCUGCAAGACCUGCAGAAGGUAUUGGACUAGAGGCGGCGCCCUAAGGAGCGUCCCCGUCGGCGGAGGCUGCAGGAGGAACAAACGGAGCAAAGGAAGCGGAGGCGGUGGCGGCGGCUCCAACUCUCCGGCGAGUUCUGACCGCCAGACAGGGAGUGCCAGCUCCUCCAACUCGGUAUCUUCUAAGAGUGAGAGAAUAGGGCUUGCACCCCAAAUUCCACCCCUCAGAUUCAUGCCUCCGUUGCAUCAACUCACUGACUUCGGACCUGGAGAUAUUGGCCUAAACUAUGGCCUCAGUUAUGGCCCAAUGGGAGGAGUAGGGGACUUGAGUUUUCAAAUUGGAGCUAGUGCUUUUGGUGGUGCCACUUCAGUCUUGUCUGCACCUGGUUUGGACCAAUGGAGAAUGCCACAACAGUUUCCACUCUUGGCUGCCUUGGAAGGUCCAUCACCAGCUUCUAAUUUAUACCCUUUUGAAGGCAGUGCUGAGGUGAGUGGAUAUAUAAGGCCAAAGGUUUCAACUGCUGGGGUCAUGACUCAGUUAGCUUCAGUGAAAAUGGAAGAUAGUAGGGAACUUAACUUGUCAAACCAGUUCUUGGGAAACAAUAAUCCAGUGAGUGAACAAUAUUGGACCAGUGCUACUUCUGCAUCUUGGACAGAUAUUUCCCCCUUUGGCUCUUCCUCCACUACUGGCAACCAUCUAUAG